AUGCGACCACCAAGUGAGCUGCUCGACGUCAUUUCCAAGCUUGCCGAGCUUGAUCCAGUGAUCAGAAAGGGUGCGGUCAUUCAGUUGGCCAAUCAGCAAAAGGUAUUUGUCGAAUUUUCGCGGAAAAACUUGAUUUUCACUCAAAAAAAAGCUGUUUCAGGAAUUGGCAGAUGACGAACUGAACACGUACGUCUUCGAACGACUCAUUUCCGGAUGCGCUUCCGCCCGUGCGGCCGUCCGUUUAGGCCACACGACCGCUUUCGGAACGCUUUUGCAGACAGACGCCGGCAAAUUGUGGGAUUUCGAUAAAGUCUUUGCGGUGGCCGAUAAAAAGAUGGAUUUAGAUGAAAAAGUGAGAUUUUCAGCUUUUUUUAAAUCGAAAUAUCGUGAAAAUUCGCGGAAAACUGGCAUAAAACGAUUUUUGCAGACGGUCGGAACGGGCCACGCAAUCGGUCAUUUCCUGGUGCUUGUCGCGUACGCCCAGGCGAAAAAGGGCCUAAACGAGGCGGAAAUCGAGAAAAUGGUGGAGCACUCGAAGAAAAUCCGCGAAGUGGCGCCGAGCUUGGCAUUCUCGCAAAUCAGCUUUCUGAUCAAUUUGAGCGGAAAAGUCAAGGAGAGCGUGUUUUCAAAGGUUCAAAAACGAAAAUUCUUCUGCAAUUAAAUAAACCCAAAAAUCGCAAAAUUUUGCAGAGUGUCGGGCCGGCGGUGGAAAUGUACCUGGAGCUGAUCAACUCGUCCUACACGCCCGAAAACGUCUAUUUGGCUCUUUCGCUUCGUAAAUCCCACCCGAAUUUGGUGGCGAAAUAUGCGAAAUUCGUGAAAAAAGACGGAUCUUGCUCGUUUUCCGACGAACAAUACGUCAAAUUGCUGGCCGCUUUGAAGGCAAAUUUAAGAAAAUGUAUUUUUAAUUCAAAUUUAACUUUAGCGCUGCGAAUUCUCGACGCUUCAAGCUUUUUUGCCACUUUUGAUGAAAGCCGCCGUCGAAUCGAACGAUUUCGAGAAAAUGUACCCGAGUAAGUGGAAAAGGAUCCGAAAAUGCGAGUUUAUGUGUCUGCAUGAAUUUCCCCUUAUUUCCACAUUCACUGUCCGUGUCCGGAACAGCGCCCAGUUAAAGUUGUGGUCGUGGUCUAGAAAACUCCUAGGCCAUGGGAUCUUUUUUGAAUUCGACACAAUUCUCAGACGUUGCCAAGCAUUCACACGAAUUGACAGAUUGUCAAGGUCCAAGGGAAGAGUUUUCACACCUGAGUUUUCUAGGCCACAACUUUAACUCCGCGCUAUUCCGUUUAUAGGCAUUUCUGAGAGUUUGAACUCGGACAGUUUCGCACAGACACAUAAAAAUGGAAAAAUCGCCGAUAAAUCUGGUUUUUCGUUCAGAAGUGCUGGAGCCGUGGGCCCUUUCGAGCAACGAGACGAAAGUUUUCGACCGUAUUCUCACAAUCGUCAAACUGUUUUUCGAGAAUGGAGGUGACACGAAAACGGUAAAAAAAACUUUAGACUUUUUAAGCGUUUACCAACUUUUUCUCCAGGUUAUUGUGGUGUUCACGAAAGAAGUGCUUAAUCGAAUGGAAAAUGCGACGCGCGGAAAAGGACAGUUCCGGCUGAUGAGCAAAAAGGUUAAACAUCGGAUUUUUAUGCGAAAUUUACAGAAAAAAGGGUGA